CACGACCCCCGAACGAGCGAAUCACGCGGCUUUUUAGUUUCUCUCAGCGACCGUUCGACGUUCGCACCAUGGCGGAUCCGGGCGUGAUGGGCGAAAGCAAGGCGCUGGUGGAAGAGGCCAUGGAGAUGCUACAGCAGAUGGGAGGUGAAGCCCAACAGAAGGUGGAUGAGUUGAGGGAGCUCAAUGAGUGCACGGUGCAUGUGAGGAACUUCGUGGCAGUUCUUGGCUUGGCCUUCUCCCCUCUGAUCAUGGUGCUCUUGUUUGGGCUGUCCUUCCUUUUGGCACUCACCGCUGCGAACUAUGGCGCGCCGAUGUUCUUCGUCUGGCUGUCCGGCUUCUGCGGCCUCUACACCUUCGCCGUCUCGCGAGCGCCGCGCGAACGGAGGAGCGCCAAGGAGGAUGUGGGUGAGGGCUUCUAUGCGCGCGUGAGGCGCUAUGCAGCGAAGCUCAAGGAGGAGGCGUCCAUCUAUGAUGACCCACCCCGCCGGGCGGCGUUCUGCCAAAUGCCCUGGCUGGCGGCGGUGGCGCUUUUAGGGCUAGAGACCUCUGUGGCAGCGUCUUCGGGGUACAUGUGGGAGUUCCUUCAGGCCUUCCUCUGUAUGGCCCUCACCUCUGUGGCCAGUGGUCUUGCGCUGCACCGCUCGGCCACCGGCCGCAGCCUGUUCGACCGCCUAGACCCACCGGGCGCCACGGACGCGGAGCUGCUGGCAGCCACCCUGGCACGGUGCCCAUGGGUGUGGCAGGCGCUCGCGGCCUUGGCAGUGCUGGCAGAGCCACUGGUGGAGGAGAGUUCACCCUCAGCAGUGGAGCUUCAAGCCAUGGGAGAAGAACAGCUUCAGAAGGCCUCAGGCUAUUUGUGCAAGGUGGAGUCCCUCCGAACGAAGCUGCAGCGGAAGAGCAGCAAGGUGCUGGACACGGCGGUCUCGAUCGAGAAAGUGCUCGGUGGCACCGCCGCGGAGCGAGAAGAGUCCAUGAAGGACCUUAGCCAGAAGGCGGCCUCAAAUGUCAAGGGUUUGGCUUGUGCAGCCACCAAGCUGCUGGGUGUCGGGCCACAGGAGGGCGAGGAGCGCGAGGAAAUGAAGGCGGUGGCCAGCGCCUCCGGGAACCUCGUAGCUGGGGCGGUUGGCCUGGCCCUGAAUGCGAGUGGGGUGAACAAGAGCGAAAAGCCUGCAAGUCAGGCGGAACAAGCGAUGAGGGGUGGGCUGCAACUCUUGAGCCGGUUAGUUGUAAAAUGAUGGAGCCAAGCAGUUGAACCUGGGAGCCUGGGCAUGUGGUGUUC